AUGGAUGAACGCUUCUCCCUCUCUGUCACGGAUUCCAUGGUUGCCCUUAGUUUGAAGAUGUAAUCCGGAGACAGGCAUUUUAUACAACAGCCUUCUGUGUUCUCUUUUCACUCCCUCCGCAUUUGCAAUCAAACGCCUGAAUUUUCUCAAUUUCCUUAACUGUCAUACUCCGCUUCCACCGGGCAUUCCACUGAUUUCAAAACUCGGUCCUCCAGAAAGUGGAGCUAUCUUUAAAAAAAAUCUGCGUUAGAAAGGAUUACCUACACAUACUGAGCAGCUCAUUAUAGACAGAAGCGUGCUACAUGGCAGACCAAUACGAACUAAUCUCUCGGCAUGUCCAGCCCAUCCAUUUUUUUUUUUUUACAUUUUAGUCAUUUAGCAGACGCUCUUAUCCAGAGCGACUUACAGUUAGUGAGUGCAUACAUUUUCAGCCAAUCAUGGCUAGCAGGAAGUUUCCUGUCGUUUUCCGUGGCUAAACCAACUAGGCUCGUAAAUUUAACAAUUUUGUUUGUAUUUACAGAUGGCAUACAAGUUUGUCAUUGAGGCACAUGACAUUUCACAAGUUCCAGAAGGCAUAUCUGCCAAAAAACGCAUUUAGAAAAAUAAAAUAAUAAAAUGUUUACAUUCAAAUGCCUCUCCUGUGAAGUAGUGACGCGCAACAUACGCCUAGUUUCCUGAAACAAGUCACAUUUUGUUGUGGCAGUAUGUUCUAAGAACAUUACCGGAACAUUGUGUUAUUACAUUCCCUGGCAACCGAAUGAGAACCUUAGGGGAAUGAUCUGUGGUAUUUUUUUUUUUACAGAUGUGGUGACCAACAUUUUAGUGAAUGUUAGAAGGAUAUUUCAUUUCAAACAUUUUCUUAUAAAAAAAAGUAUUUGGUGAUAAAAAAAACAUUAUUUCAAUGUUUGUGGGACGUUAUCCUAAUGUCAGCUCAAACCCUAACUAGAACUUAAUGGGAAUGUUAGCUAAUGUUCUGGGAAUAUUCCCGGUUUGCUGGGCUGUUUGUUGUUAUCAAUACACAUCAUUGAUUGUUAGGCCUAUACAGGAUCUUAAUUUGACCACCCUGUUGCAGGAUACAUUUUCCUGCGCUGCAGGAAAUGAAAAGUGUAUUAGAGGGUUAUAAAUGCUUCUAAAGUUUGUAAUUUCCACUUUAAAAUGUCAGACUUGAUUUGCCCUAACGAACAAUGUAUCAACCCAUACAAAAAUAACCAUUAAUUAUAAUCCAUAUAGUAAUUCACAUUUCCAGUUGCUGCAGGAUUAUUUUCCUGCAAUUUUUUUCAAUUUUAGUCAUUUAGCAGACGCUCUUUUUUUUUCUUCAUACUGGCCCCCCGUGGGAAUCGAAUCCACAACCCUGGCGUUGCAAGCACCAUGCUCUACCAACUGAGCUACACGGGAGAAACUGGUCAAAUUAAGAUCCUAUACCUGGGUAGGUUCCAGUAUUGGUUUUUCAGAACCAAUUUAAUUUAAUCCAGACAUGAUUGCUGAAGAAUGUUUAGGGAACAUUAUUGGAACAAUCAUGUCAUAACAUCACACUGUAGCUUUAUAAGAGUAUCGAGGGCCUGUAAUUGAUUAUGGUGAUACCUUGUACAUGUAUGCUGGACACUAUGUACCAUCAAAUCAACCUUUAUUUAUACAGCACAUUUCAGUCAUGGAAUGCAACACAAUAUGCUUCCCAGGAAAAAACAAUGAAAAUAAAAAUGGAAAUAUUUACUACACAAACAUAAGAGGAUUAAAAAACAAAAGAAUAACAAUAAAAACUGAUCGACUAAAAAGCACCCUGAGGAAAAGCAAAGCUUAAAAGGUGUGUUUUAAGAUCUCUUUUAAAUAUGUCCACAUUUUUGGCCCCCCUCAGGUUCUCAGGCAGGCUUUUCCAGAGGCUGUGGGGAUAGUAAAUAAAGGCUGCCUCUCGGCCGUAGGCUUUGGGAUAGUUAAAAGGCCUGAGGGACAUGUAUUGGGGUGCACAAUCAUGGAUUGAUUUAAAAACCAAUAGAAGAAUCUUACAAUUAAUUAUAAAACUCACAGGCAGCCGGUGCAGAAACCUUAAAACCGGUGUAAUGUGUGCUCUCCGUCUGGUCUUAGUCAGUACCCAUGCUGCAGAAUUCUGUAUGUUUUGCAGUUGACCAAUGGCUUUCUUGGGUAGACCAGAUAGGAGAGCAUUACAGUAGUCAAGCCUGCUUGUAAUAAAAGCAUGGAUGAGUCUCUCUGUAUCAGCCUGAGAGAAACGGCCGCACCUUGGCAAUGUUCCUCAGGUGGUAAAAAGCUAUUUUGGUCACAUUCCUAAUGUGUGUUUCGAAAUUGAGUUCAGAAUCUAAAAUAACACCUAGGUUUUUUACCUGGUGUUUUAUCUUUAUUGCCUGUGAAUUAAAAUGUGCGGCCGGAUUUUCUCUGUGCUUUGGCUCCAACAAUAAGUACCUUGGUCUUGUCUUGAUUUAGCUAGAGGAAGUUGUGAGCCAUCCAAGUAUUUAAAUCACUAAUACAGUCUUAUACUUUAUCCGUGGAGCUAAAAUCCUCUGGUGACACAGAAAUGCGUCUGCGUAGCAGUGAAAAUCAAUGCUGUGCUUUCUGAUAACGCUGCCAAGGGGUAACAUAUAUAAACUGAACAGUACCAGACCCAAAAUCGAAACUUGUGGAACGCCACAUGUGAUAUGUAUUUUCUCUGAGUUAUGUUCACCAAGGCUGACAAAAAACUCUUGACUGGCUAAAUAGUUCCUAAACCAAUUUAGAACUGGACCGGAGAGGCCAACCCACCUCUCCAGUCUGUCCAGAAGGACAUCAUGGUAAACAGUGUUGAAUGCAGCACUUAAAUCGAAGAGUACAAGGACAGAGAGCUGUUUGGCAUCUGUGUUGGCUCUAAGAUCAUUCAUUCUCUGUGCUGUGGUGGGCCCGAAAACCAGAUUGCAAUUUUUCCAAAAACAUUACUGGUACAUUGUGUUAUUACAUUACCUGGAAACCUAAUGAGAAUGUUUGGGGAAUGUUCUGUGGUGGUGAACUAUAGAAGAACAUUCCAAGAACAUUCCAAGGAUAUUUCAUAAAAAUAAUUUUCUGAAGAAAAAUAUGUCAUCAAAAACAUGAUUUGAAUGUUUUUGGGAUGUUACCAUCCUAAUUUAAGAUAAAACCCUAACUAGAACUUAAUGGGAAUCUUAGCUAAUGUUCUGGGAAGGUUCCCUGUUUGCUGAGUAGACUCUCCUCCCUGGGCACUCCUGCAGAUCUGAAGGGAUUGGAAAGGUGUAAGCAACAUGGUACUUAUUUCACCUCGUCUUCUGAUGGGCUUACCCCUAUCCAGGAGGGACUACACUGAUUUGGGAGUACCUUUCUCUCUCUCUCACUCUUUCUCUCCCCCUCAUCUACUCCCCACAAUCAUUUAAACCGUUCUCCAAGACCGAACACUGCUUUGUUUCAUUACCGCAACCUUGAUGUAGCUCUCCCACUAUUUUCCCCUCUCUCAAUCUCUCUCUUGUUCCCCUUCUCUUUAUCUGCUUGUGUUGUUGACUGUUUUUACAUGUGAACAAAUUCUUGUAAAUUAUAGAUUUUUUAUUUCUAUGCAUGAUGCACUACACAUAGGUUCACCCUUAAAUUAUUGAGCAAAAUGAACUGGAGCACAAGGCUGCACUGAGAAACUGGAGUACAGGGUUCUCAACAUCCCAUACUAAAGUAACAGCUUAAGAUAAGUCUGACAGGAUAAAAGUUUCCCCUUAGUUAUUAUUUGAUCAGCACCAAUGCAAAUGACAUGCUACAGUGCCUUCAGAAAGUAUUCACAUCCCUUGGCUUUUUCCACAUUUUGUUGUGUUACAGCCUGAAUUUAAAAUUGAAUCAAUGUAGAAUUUUUUGUCACACAAUACCCCAUAAUGUCAAAGUGGAAUUAUGUUUUUUGAAAGUUUCACAAAUUAAUUAAAAAUGAAAAGCUGAAAUAUCUUGAGUCAAUAAGUAUUCAACCCCUUUGUUAUGGCAAGCCUAAAUAAGUUCAGGAGUAAAACUUUGCUUAACAAGUCACAUAUUAAGUUACAUGGACUCACUCUGUGUGCAAUAAUAGUGUUUAACAUGAUUUUUGAAUGACUACCUUAUCUCUGUACCCCACACAUACAAUUAACAUAAUUUUUGAAUGACUACCUCAUCUCUGUACCCCACACAUACAAUUAUCUGUAAGGUUUUUCAGUCAAGCAGUGAAUUUCAAACACAGAUUGAACCACAAAGACAAGGGAGGUUUUACAAUGCCUCACAUAAAAGGGCACCUGUUGGUAGAUGGGUAAAAAACAAACAGAUAUUGAAUAUCCCUUUGAGCAUGGUGAAGUUAUUAAUUAAACUUUGGAUGGUGUAUCAAUACAUCCAGUCAUUACAAAGACACAGGUGUCCUUCCUAACUCAGUUGCCGGAGAGGAAGGAAACCGGGAUUUCACCAUGAGGCCAAUGGUGUCUUUAAAACAGUUACAGAGUUUAAUGGCUGUGAUCGGAGAAAACUGAGGAUGGAUCAACAACAUUGUAGUUACUCCACAAUACUAACCUAAUUGACAGAGUGAAAAGAAGGAAGUCUGUACAGAAUAACAAAUAUUCCAAAACAUACAUCCUGUUUGCAACAAGGUACUAAAGUAAUACUGCAAGAAAUGUGGCAAAGCAAUUCACUUUUUGUGCUGAAUACAAAGUGUUAUGUUUGGGGCAAAUCCAAAACAACACAUUACUGAGUACCACUCUGCAUAUUUAUCAGCAUAGUGAUGGCUGCAUCAUGUUAUGGGUAUGCUUGUGAUCAUUAAGGACUGGGGAGUUUUUCAGGAUAAAAAAUAAACGGAAUGAAGCUAAGCACAGGCAAAAUCCUAGAGGAAAACCUGGUUCAGUCUGCUUUCCACCAGACACUGGGAGAUUAAUUCACCUUUCAGCAGGACAAUAACUUAAAACACAAGGCCAAAUCUACACUGGAGUUGCUUACCAAGAAGUCAGAGAAUGUUCCUGAGUGGCUGAGUUACAGUUUUGACUUAAAUCUACUUGUAAAUCUAUGGCAAGACCUGAAAAUGGUUGUCUAGCAAUGAUCAACAACCAAUUUGAAAGAGCUUGAAGACGUUUAAUAGAAUAAUGGGCAAAUGUUGUACAAUCCAGCUGUGGAAAGCUCUUAGAGACUUACCCAGAAAGACACAGCUGUAAUCGCUACCAAAGGUGCUUCUACAGUAUUGACUCAGGGGUGUGAAUACUUAUGUAAAUUACAUUUUUAAAAACAUGUUUUCACUUUGUCAUUAUGGGGUAUUGUGUGUAGAUGGGUGAGAAUCUUUUGUUAAUUUAAUCCAUUUGGAAUUCAGUCUGUAACACAACCAAAUGUGGAAUAAGUCAAGGGGUAUGACUACUUUCUGAAGGCACUGUAAAUGUUCAUGUACGUUAUUUGCCUAGGUGAACAGUGAAAGGCAAAGUCAUUGGCAGCAUGAGUGGUUGAAAUAGUUGUUGAUAUAUUCUGCUACAUUGUGCAGUCAAAUAUAAGAAGUAGCCGGCAUCCCAAAUAGCACCCUAUUCCAUAUAGUGCACUACUUUUGACCAGAGCCCAUAGGGUGCCAUUUGGGAUGCAACCAUUUUCUUUCGACAUUAGCAAUAAUAAUAACAGUAAGUACAUGUAGUUCAAUUUCAGCAAAAACAUUUUUACAUUUAAUCUCCAACUAAUCGGCAGUAAUCCACAGACAGAGUGGUUUAGUGGUAUUGCCAAAUUAUUGCAUGUUUUAUAGAAUUGAGGUGGAAUUCCCAUAGCUAAAAGGGUUCUUAUGCAACACAAAUUGCACCCUAUUCCCUAUGUAGUGCAGUACUUUUAACAUGAGCCCGAUCGAACCUGUUCAAAAGUAGUGCACUUUAAAGGGAAUAGGGUGCCAUUUGGGAUGCAGAGUUAGACUUGUAAUUAACAGGCUCGGUGUAUUGUAGUUAUUAACACCUAAUUAACCCCAGACGUAGAUCAGACCAGGCUCCCCACAGUGAAUCCUGCUCAGUCCCGUUUGUUGGAGGUUUAGGCUCUUUUUCAAUUCGUCUUUCCUCGAUUCCUCACAUCAUCUCUCCUUGCGUCCUUUUCAAAACACAUUUGAGGGAGGGACUUUGGAUCAUCUCCUCCAAUAUGGUUGAGAAGGAAGUGAGGAGAGGGGAUGCGAAGAAUCACAGGAAAUUCAGAUAGGGCCUCAGACUUAAUAUGCUUCUCUGAGAGAACUGAUGUCAGUGUGCGCCAUUGUCAAGAGAGGAAGACAAAAAUGGGUUGGAAAUGCAGUCACGCAAUUGUACAGUGUCUGUACUCUGUAUGUACUGCAUGUAUUCAGAUGUGUGCACAGGACUUGCACACAUGCUGAGUGCCAAACUGUGUGUCUGUGUGUGUGACAUUACGAUGUCCAGUGUACACUAUGACAAAAUAUUACAUAGGGAAAAUCUUGCUCCUCACUCCUCCUUUACACAUAGUGUAACCUAGACCAUGGUGGUUUUAUGGAGAGAGUCCCCACAGAUUGUCUGCAGUCAAGUUUACAACAUGGAGCACUCAGUACAAAGCAAAAACUCUUAUGAUGAUGAAUGUGUUUUGCAUCAUAUGAGGCAUUUUGCAUCAUCAUAAGUUUGUUUUGUCUGCACUGAAAGCUUGACUGCUGACUUGCACAAAUUUUUUUUUUUUGGGGGGGGGACUGAGUCUAGUAUUCCUGGAAAGGCAUAAAGGUUUACAUUCAUUUUCUGCAGGUAAAAUAAAAACUGCCUUUGAAUAAUCCCGAGUAACGCCUCGAUUGAUUAAGUGCUGCGCAUUUAAAAGCACUCAAAUCAAUCUUCCUCUCUCCCUUUCUCUUUGCACACGGGCAUGCACACAUACACACAUACUCUCCUCUCCCUCUCUAGUCCUUCCUUUCCCUGAUUGAGACAGAUUGUGUGGUUGAGAAUCUAUUCAGUCAAUUAGCAGCAGUGCAAUGUAAGCAGAAAGUGUCUCAAUCAGAUAUAUUGAUCUACCCACAAACACCAUUCUGCCUCAAUCAUUGACUGGCUUUUCUAUCGCAUUGCCUGUGAAUGUUAAAAUGACACAAACACACACUCACACACACAUUCACACACAUCAGUCUACCUGCUCCAAACAAUUUGCCUUUGUGUAAAAACAUGAAGGAGCUUUGUUUGAUGGAAACAUCAAAAGGUUUGACUGAAUUAUUAGCAGAAAAGGCUGAAAGACACCGGAAUCUCUUGCCUGAGCCAGCAGUUCCCUUUCAGGGCAUUCUGUAAGCGUGAGCACCGGAAAGGCUAUUAGGAGCUAAUGUGGAGCCAUCAUAUUGCUUAGAAUUAUCUGGCCGCCAAUGACCUGCAAAUAUGUGCAUAGUCUUACCUGGGAUGGGAGCUCUAUCAUUAGUCUAUCCACUUAAUUUACUUCAAAUGCCGUAAGCCAUUCUGUGGUCAUUUACUGUUAUGCUAUUAUGGAUGAUUAUUAUUAGAGGCCUGCACAUUUAGCAUGUAUUAUACUCUAUGUAUUCAGGGUCGGUUUCCCAGACACAGAUUAAGCCUAGUCCUGGACAAAAAAAUGAACUUGAUGGAGAAUAUCCAUCCAUGCUUUUUAGUCCAGGACCAGGCGUAAUAUGUGGCCUGGAAACGUUCUCUUACUGUUUAACUAUAAUGAAGGAAUUCUUAUUUUUUUAAGGAACGUGAUUCUAUAGCAUCUCAUUUCUGAGUGCUGUUUGUCAGAAUGGAUGCUAACCAUACAGUGCAUUCGGAAAGUAUUCAGACCCCUUGAACUUUUACACAUUUUGUUAUGUUACAGCCUUAUUCUAACAUUUAUUGAACUGUUUUUCUCUCCUCAUCAAUCUACACACAAUACCCCAUAAUGACAAAUGAAAACAGGUUUUUAGAAAUGUUUGCAAAUGUAUAAAAAAAAAACAUCAGAAAUAUUGCAUUUACAUAAGUAUUCAGACCUUUUACUCAGUACUUUGUUGAAGCACCUUUGGCAGCGAUUACAGCCUCGAGUCUUCUUGGGUAUGACGCUACAAGCUUGGUACACCUGUAUUUGGGGAAUUUCUCCCAUUCCUCUCUGCAGACCCUCUCAAGCUCUGUCAGGUUGGAUGGGGAGCGUUGCUGCACAGCUAUUUUCAGGUCUCUCAAGAGAUGUUCGAUCGGGUUCAAGUGCGGGCUCUGGCUGGGCCACUUAAGGACAUUCAGAGACAUGUCCCAAAGCAACUCCUGCGUUGUCUUGGCUGUGUGCUUAGGGUCGUUGUUCUGUUGGAAGGUGAACCUUCGCCCCAGUCUGAGUUCCUGAGCGCUCUGGAGCAGGUUUUCAUCAAGGUUCUCUGUUCUUUGCUCCGUUCAUCUUUGCCUCGAUCCUGACUAGUCUCCCAGUCCCUGCCCUUGAAAAACAUCUCUACAGCAUGAUGCUGCCACCACCGUGCUUCACCGUAGGGAUGGUGCCAGGUUUCCUCCAGACGUGACGCUUGGCAUUCAGGCCAAAGAGUUCAAUCUUGGUUUCAUCAGACCAGAGAAUCUUGUUUCUCAUGGUCUGAGAGUCUUUAGGUGCAUUUUGGCAAACUCCAAGUGGGCUGUCAUGUGCCUUUUCCUGAGGAGUGGCUUCCAUCUGGCCACUCUACCAUAAAGGCCUGAUUGGUGGAGUGCUGCAGAGAUGGUUGUUCUUCUGGAAGGUUCUCCCAUCUCCACAGAGGAACUCUAGAGCUCUGUCAGAGUGACCAUCUGGUUCUUGGUCACCUCCCUGACCAAGGCCCUUCUCCCCCGAUUGCUCAGUUUGGCCAGGUGGUCAGCUCUAGGAAGAGUCUUUGUGGUUCCAAACUUCUUCCAUUUAAGAAUGAUGGAGGCCACUGUGUUUUUGGGGACCUUCAAUGCUGCAGAAAUGUUUUAGUACCCUUCCCUGGAUCUAUGCCUCGACACAAUCCUGUCUCGGAGCUCUACGGACAAUUCCUUCGACCUCAUGGCUUGGUUUUUGCUCUGACAUGCACUAUCAACUGUGGGACCUUAUAUAGACAGGUCUGUGCCUUUCCAAAUCAUGUCCAAUCAAGUGAAUUUACCAGAACUGGACUCCAAUCAAGUUGUAGAAACAUCUCAAGGAUGAUCAAUGGAAACAGGAUGCACCUGAGUUCAAAUUCAAGUCUCAUAGCAAAGGGUCUGAAUACUUAUGUAAAUACAUUUUUAUUUUGUAUUUUAUACAUUUGCAAAAAUGUCAUUAUGGGGUAUUGUGUGUAGAUUGCUGAAAAAAAUUAUAUUUAAUCUAUUUUAGAAUAAGGCUGUAACCGGCCUCUCAAGUGGUGCAGCGGUCUAAGGCACUGCAUCGCAGUGUUGCUGCGUCACUACAGCCUGGGGUUCAAUCCCAGGCUAUGUCAUUACCGGACGUGACUGGGAGUCCCAUAGGGCGGCGCACAAUUGGCCCCAGCGUCGUCCGGGUUAGGGGAGGGUUUGGCCGGGGGGGCUUUACUUGGCUCAUCGCGCUCUAGUGUGGCGGGCCGGGCGCCUGCAGGCUGACUUCGGACGUCAGUUGAACAGUGUUUCCUCUGACACAUUGGUGCGGUUGGCUUCCGGAUUAAGCAAGCGGGUGUUAAGAAGCGCGGUUUGGCGGGUCAUGUUUCGGAGGACGCAUGAUCGAGCCCGUUGGGGAAUUGCAGAGAUGAGAUAAGAUCGUAAUCAUGAAAUUGGGGAGAAAAAGGGGGUAAAUGUUUUUUUAUAUAUACAAUUAAGAAUAAGGCUGUAACGUAACAAAAUGUGGAAAAAGUCAAGUGGUCUGAAUACUUUCCGAAGGCACUGUAGCGUCUGGAGGAGGGCUCUGGAAUUCUUCAUCAUACAGGGUGAAGUCACCACAUGAUCCAGAGGCUGUCCCUUGGAUCCAUUUAUAGAAAGUAGGACACUGGUGGAUCCAGGCUUCUCUUGCUUUUUCUUAUCUUCCUCUCCCCCUCUUUCUCUCUUUUUCAGGCUAGUCCCGCCCCAAUAAUUGUCAACACGGACACUCUGGAGUCUGUACCUUACGUGAGUUACAUUUUCUUUUUCGGCAAUUGAUUUGAUUAUGUUUAUAGGCACUAACGGCAGAUAUUUCGCUGUGGAUUGAUUCGAGCUGAGUGCAAGAUGCAACUUCAUGCAACCCUAUACCCACUUUAAGUAGUCUUUACAGGUAAGACUUUCCAGCACUGGUUGUCAAUGGCAGAACAUUAUAUUCUUAAAUAUUUAUCUGGAACACAACAUACAGUGUAUGGGUAAAACAAAUAAGGCCACUAUUGUGAAUUAUUGAUAGUUGUUAUAAAUAAAACACCUACACAGGACCACUGAUUUUGUACAGCCCAAAAGCCAGCAUUUUGGUUUGACAUCAGAACUUUUCUCUUAACAGAUAUUUAUUAUUAAUGGUUUCUAUUUGUUGGCACUGGGACUCUGGGAGGACAAAGUUCUUCAAAAAGCCAUUUGAACACAAUUUGGAGUGAGAUGCUAAAUGAAUGAGCAAGAGUUAGGGUGAAAAUAAAGUAUCCCAACCAGAAGCCAUGGAUAACAGGCAACAUCCGCACUGAGCUAAAGGCUAGAGCUGCCGCUUUCAAGGAGCUGGACACUAAUCCGGAGGCUUAUAGGAAAUCCUGCUAUGCCCUCUGACGAACCAUCAAACGAGCCAAGCAUCAAUACAGGACUAAGAUUGAAUCAUACUACAACUGCUCUGACGCUCGUCAGAUGUGGCAGGGCUUGCAAACUAUUACGGAUUACAAAAGGAAGCCCAGCCUACCAGACAAGCUAACUGCGUUUUUCGAGGCAAGCAACACUGAAGCAUGCAUGAGAGCACCAGCUGUUCCGGAUGACUGUGUGAUCACGCUCUCCGUAGGCGAUGUGAGUAAGAGCUUUAAACAGCUCAACAUUCACAAGGCCGCAGGGCCAGACGGAUUACCAAGACGUGUACUCAGAGCAUGCGCUAACCAACUGGCAAGUGUCUUCACUGACAUUUUCAACCUCUCCCUGACUGAGUCUGUAAUACCUACAUGUUUCAAGCAGACCACCAUAGUCCAUGUGCCCAAGAACGCUAAGGUAACCUGCCUAAAUGACUACCGACCUGUAGCACUCACGUCUGUAGCCAUGAAGUGCUUUGAAAGGCUGUUCAUGGCUCACAUCAACACCAUCAUCCCAGAAACACCCUAGACCCACUCCAAUUUGCAUACCACCCCAACAGAUCCACAGAUGAUGCAAUCUCUAUUGCACUCCACACUGCCAUUUCCCACCUGGAAAAAAGGAACACCUACGUGAGAAUGCUGUUCAUUGACUACAGCUCAGCGUUCAACACCAUAGUGCCCUCCAAGCUAAUCACUAAGCUAAGGACCCUGGGACUGAACACCUCUCUCUGCAACUGGUUCCAGGACUUCCUGACAGGCCACCCCCAUGUGGUAAGGGUAGGCAACAACACAUCUGCCACGCUGGUCCUCGACACGGGGGCCCCUGAGGGGUGCAUGCUUAGUCCCCUCCUGUACCCUUUUCACCAACAACUGUAUGGCCAAGCAAGACUCCAACACCAUCAUUAAGUUUGCCGAUGACACAAUGGUGGUAGGCCUGAUCACAGACAACGAUGAGACAGCCUAUAGGGAGGAGGUCAGAGACCUGGCAGUGUAGUGCCAGGACAACAACCUCUCCCUCAACGUGAGCAAGACCCAGGGGCUGAUCGUGGACAACAGGAAAAGGAGGCCCGAGCACGCCCCCGUUCACACCAACGGGUCUGUAGUGGAGCGGGUCGAGAGCUUCAAGUUCCUUGGUGUCCACAUCACCAACAAACUAUCAUGGUCCAAACACACCAAGACAAUCAUGAAGAGGGCACAACAACGCCUAUUUCCCCUCAGGAGCCUGAAAAGAUUUGGCAUGGGUCCUCAGAUCUUAAUAAAAGUUAUACAGCUGCACCAUCGAGAGCAUCCUGACUGGUUGCAUCACCACCUGGUAUGGCAACUGCUCGGCAUCUGACCGCAAGGCGCUACAGAGGGUAGUGCGUACGGCCCAGUGAUGUCAUCACUGGGGCCAAGCUUCUUGCCAUCCAGGACCUCUAUACCAGGCGGUGCCAGCGGAAGGCCCUAAAAAUUGUCAAAGACUCCAGCCACCCAAGUCAUAGACUGUUCUCUGUGCUACCGCACGGCAAGUGGUACCGGAGCGCCAAGUCUAGGUCCAAAAGGCUCCUUAACAGCUUCUACCCCCAAGCCAUAAGACUUCUGAACAGUUAAUCAAAUGGCUACCCAGACUAUUUGCAUUGACCCCCUUUUUUACGCUGCUGCUACUCGCUGUUUAUUAUCUAUGCAUAGUCACUUUACAUAUGUACAUAUGACCACAAUUACCUCGACUAACCCGUACCCCCGCACAUUGACUCGCUACCGGUACCCCCUGUAUAUAGCCUAUUUGUUAUUUUAUUGUUAUUUUUUUAUUUAUUUUGACAUUUAGUUUAUUUAGCAUUUUCUUACUCUGCAUUGUUGGCUAAGGUAAGUAAAGUAAGAAUUUCACGGUAAGGUCUACUACCCCUGUUGUAUUCGGCGCAUGUGACAAAUAAAUAAAAUUUGAUUUGAAAGUUGCAUCAUCCAAUGUCUGGAAGAAGCAUGCUGUUCCCUCAUGAUGCUAAUUGCAUUUUGUCCCUCGACUGUUUCCAAUAAAUGUCACUAAACAUCAUUGGAAAUGCCACUUUGUUUCUAAAUGACCUGCAAGAAGUUGUCCUUUAUUAUUUUACUGCUUUGCCUCUUAGCUCAUUCGCUGCCUGUGCUAGACGAAAAAGAGAGCACCAUUUUGAAUUAUUCAAUCAAGACUUCCAUCCAUUGUGUCCACGUUGUUACCAGAUUUCCUGGUCUCGCCCUGAAUACAAAUUAUUUGACUAAUAAUGUAUUUUAAGGCAAUGGGUUUUAGAGGGCGGGAUAAAGAUUUUGAAAGAAAACAACUAAUCAACUAAUCGAGGUAGAAACCAUGUGAAUAUUUAUGGCCCAAUAAACGUUCUUGAAGGAGAACUGCUCCUCCAUGGUGCUGAGAUUCCCCUCUUUCAAGUCCCACAGCUUGUCAGUGGUAUGAUUACAGCUUGUCAGUGGUAUGAUUACAGCUUGUGAGUGGUAUGAUUACAGCUUGUCAGUGGUAUGAUUACAUUUCGCUGCUCCUGCUUUUCUUGCCAUUCAGUGAGUUAUAAAAAAUGUAGCCUGCCUAAAAAGCUGAAAGAUCCGUAAUGGAUUCUACUGGUUCUUACUCACACAGCAUCAAGGUGGUCCUGUAUAGCUCAGUUGGUAGAGCACGGUACUUGCAACGUCAGGGUUUUGGGUUCAGUUCCCACUGUGGCCACCCAUACGAAAAUAAUGUAUGCACACACUACUGUAAGUCGCUUUGGAUAAAAGCAGCUGCUCCAUGGCAUAUUAUAUUAUUAUAUUAUGAUUACCCAUCCGUCUCUAACUCAACCUAAACUGUAUAAUUUCACAGACACCAAAACCAUCAACACUCAUAUAGGUCAUUUGAAAUAGUUUGUUUGAAGGAUGCUCACUGCAAAGGGGUCAAAUUAUAUAUACUUGUACAUCCAACAUGAAGCAUUCUGAGGUGAUUCCCAGCACAUAAUGUUCUUUCCCUGUGUGGAUGGUUAAAAUAAGAAGAAACUACAUGCAUCGUCAUACAUGGACGAGUACAAACAGUCCAGCUAUGCCCUCUGUAAGGCAAUCAAACAGGCAAAACGUCAGUACAGAGACAAAGUGGUUGCAAUUCAACUGCUCAGACACGAGACGUAUGUGGCAGGGACUCCAGACAAUCACGGGAAAACCAGCCACGACGCGGACACCGAUGCCUUGCUCCCGGACAAGCUAAAUACCUUCGCCCCCUUCGUAUGAUACUGUAUGGUACAAUUACAAUUUGCUAACGUUAGCUAUGUGGCUAACGUUAGCUAGGCUAGGGGUUAGGGUUGGAGGUUAUUUUGUUAUUUAUUUUUUUUAUUUUUUUAGUCAUUUAGCAGACGCUCUUAUCCAGAGCGACUUACAGGAGCAAUUAGGGUUAAGUGCCUUGCUCAGGGGCACAUCGACAGAUUUUUCACCUAGUCGGCUCGGGGAUUAGAACCAGCGACCUUUCGGUUACUGGCACAACGCUCUUACCCACUAAGCUACCGGUUAUGGUUAGGUUUAGCACCCACCCAUCCAUCCACCCAACCCAACCAAAAGUAACCUUCUGUCUUAUGCAGCCAUACUCAAUGUAACAUAUUAUACUAAUUUGAGUGUCAUUGUUUUCAACCAGUGAAAAAUACGCUCUUGCAACAGCUGCAUAGUGUGGAUCCCAGCCUAUGGGAUAGAAGUUUGAGGGAAUUCCUCCCUUCUAAACUCCUCUGUGGUAUUGUGCUCCACAUAUUGUCAAAAACAAGUUUAAUUUUAAAAGACCAUGAGUGGUGCUUUUAUUGCUCAAUCUAAUUUGUGCGGAUUCAAAAAAAUUAUCCACAGUACUAACGGACACAUACUCAAACUCGUACACCUUUGAUAGACUUAAACAGCUGCAAAUUAUCUAGAUAUCAAAGUGUCACCAUCAACAUUUUUACCAUUAGGCCUAUAAUGCAGCAAAUAGCAUUCAUUUUUCACAUGCAAAUAGCACUUUUUGGCAGUGCUCAAAGCAUGCCAGUCCAUGAGAGCAGCAUUUAUUUUUCAACUCGAAGUAAUGACCCAAUCAGUCCUCCAUUACAACAAAAUCAUAAACAACAGAGUAGGCUAAUAAGUCCUUAGUUUUUGGGUUAUGCUCAGGUAAAAAAAUUUGGCAAAUCUAUCUUUCCAAGUCCUAUUCUUGAAUAUCAAGGGGUAUUAAAUUGUAAAGAUAUAGCCUAAUCAUAUUAUUAUUUGAUUUGAAGUAGAAAGCAAUGGGUUAGAAGAAGCCUACAUAACCCAAAGUCAAAUGCAACAUCCAUUUAUGGCCAGCUACAGUGGGGAGAACAGGUAUUUGAUACACUGCUGAUUUUGCAGGUUUUCCUACUUACAAAGCAUGUAGAGGUCUGUACUUUUUAUCAUAGGUACACUUCAACUGUGAGAGACGGAAUCUAAAACAAAAAUCCAGAAAAUCACAUUGUAUGAUUUUUAAGUAAUUAAUUUGCAUUUUAUUGCAUGACAUAAGUAUUUGAUCACCUACCAACCAGUAAGAAUUCCGGCUCUCACAGACCUGUUCGUUUUUCUUUAAGAAGCCCUCCUGUUCUCCACUCAUUACCUGUAUUAACUGCACCUGUUUGAACUCGUUACCUGUAUAAAAGACACCUGUCCACACACCCAAUCAAACAGACUCCAACCUCUCCACAAUGGCCAAGACCAGAGAGCUGUGUAAGGACAUCAGGGAUACAAUUGUAGACCUGCACAAGGCUGGGAUGGGCUACAGGACAAUAGGCAAGCAGCUUGGUGAGAAGGCAACAACUGUUGGCGCAAUUAUUAGAAAAUGGAAGAAGUUCAAGAUGACGGUCAAUCACCCUCGGUCUGGGGCUCCAUGCAAGAUCUCACCUCGUGGGGCAUCAAUGAUCAUGAGGAAGGUGAGGGAUCAGCCCAGAACUACACGGCAGGACCUGGUCAAUGACCUGAAGAGAGCUGGGACCACAGUCUCAAAGAAAACCAUUAGUAACACACUACGCCGUCAUGGAUUAAAAUCCUACAGCGCACGCAAGGUCUCCCUGCUCAAGCCAGCGCAUGUCCAGGCCCGUCUGAAGUUUGCCAAUGACCAUCUGGAUGAUCCAGAGGAGGAAUGGGAGAAGGUCAUGUGGUCUGAUGAGACAAAAAUAGAGCUUUUUGGUCUAAACUCCACUCGCCGUGUUUGGAGGAAGAAGAAGGAUGAGUACAACCCCAAGAACACCAUCCCAACCGUGAAGCAUGGAGGUGGAAACAUCAUUCUUUGGGGAUGCUUUUCUGCAAAGGGGACAGGACGACUGCACCGUAUUGAGGGGAGGAUGGAUGGGGCCAUGUAUCGAGAGAUCUUGGCCAACAACCUCCUUCCCUCAGUAAGAGCAUUGAUGAUGGGUCGUGGCUGGGUCUUCCAGCAUGACAACGACCCGAAACACAAAGCCAGAGCAACUAAGGAGUGGCUCCGUAAGAAGCAUCUCAAGGUCCUGGAGUGGCCUAGCCAGUCUCCAGACCUGAACCCAUUAGAAAAUCUUUGGAGGGAGCUGAAAGUCCGUAUUGCCCAGCGACAGCCCCGAAACCUGAAGGAUCUGGAGAAGGUCUGUAUGGAGGAGUGGGCCAAAAUCCCUGCUGCAGUGUGUGCAAACCUGGUCAAGACCUACAGAAAACGUAUGAUCUCUGUAAUUGCAAACAAAGGUUUCUGUACCAAAUAUUAAGUUCUGCUUUUCUGAUGUAUUGGUAGCAUUUUGAAGCUGCUGGAGAUGUAGUGGUCCUCUGUAGCUCAACUGGUAGAGCACGGCGCUUGUAACGCCAAGGUAGUGGGUUCGAUCCCCGGGACCACCCAUACACAAAAAUUUAUGCACGCAUGACUGUAAGUCGCUUUGGAUAAAAGUGUCUGCUAAAUGGCAUAUUAUUAUUAUUAUUAUUAUGUAUCAAAUACUUAUGUCAUGCAAUAAAAUGCAAAUUAAUUACUUAAAAUCAUACAAUGUGAUUUUCUGGAUUUUUGUUUUAGAUUCCGUCUCUCACAGUUGAAGUGUACCUAUGAUAAAAAUUACAGACCUCUACAUGCUUUGUAAGUAGGAAAAUCUGCAAAAUCGGCAGUGUAUCAAAUACUUGUUCUCCCCACUGUAUGUAAACUCUAACAUUGAUUUAUCCUGCUAUAGAUGUCGAUCAAUUGGGAAUAUUCAUAAUACCGCUUAAGGGAAAGUAAUCUAAAAGUAACUGAAAGUAAUCAAAUUACAUUACUGAGAUACGUUACUGUUUACAAUUUUGGACAGGUAACGAGCAACUCUAACGGAUUACAUUUAGAAAGUAACCUACCCAACCCUGACUAUGCUCACACCUCUGUACUGGGUAUGCAUAAUUUAUUUUACAUUUUGUUUUCCCACAGGUCAACGGGACAGAAAUUGAAUAUGAGUUUGAAGAAAUCACACUAGAGCGGGUGAGUUGAUGAACACACUAUCUGAAAAUACUCUAUUUAAACUCUAUUUAAAAUUACCCGGAGAGGACUUUGCAGUCAUUUAAAUUGAACGAGGGAUGCCAUAUCCUGUUUCAUGCUCAUCUCAGACAUGUCCCAUAAAGGGCUUCAUAAACUAGGAAGCGUAAUCGUUGAAUGUGACAGGCAGGAUGAGUUAAUAGGCCAAUAUGUUUCAAAAGAUCUUGACCCCACACACCUGUCAAGGGAGGAAUAAAAAAAACAAGCAGCUAACUGACACCAUUAUAAUGCACCAUUUUGAAGCUGCUGGAGAAGCUAGAUGACUCCGCAAACUGAAUAACAGAAUAACAAUCUGUGAUUGCAUUACCAUUUUUAUUUCAAAUUGGUGCAUGAAGCGGAAAGCCUGGGGUUACUGUGCCUUUGACAAACUAAAACAGGAACCCGUUUUACUUUCCACUAACGCUAAUUGAUCUCAGCCAGACAAGCGAAAUAACGCAAACAUCCAAGUCCUGAGGGUGUUUUGAGCAGGCCAGCCCUUAAUUGGGACAUAGCAUUUGCAUGAGAAAAGCCAGGGCUAACAUCCUCAAGGCUCAGUGGCGAUAAAAGGCUUAGCUUGGCUGCUGAAUGACAUUUUGACAGCCAAAAAAGGAUCCUUGUGACCUGAAACAAUAAACUACAACAGGAAAAGGUCAGUUCAGCCAAAGGAAGUGAUAAUUCAGCCAACAGCGGAGGCUGAAGCCUUUGGUGCACACUGCACAGCUCACCCUUUGACGGGCAAGAGCAGACAUAAACAGGGUGGCUUUAGAGUGGCCAAUGCUAACGCUGCAUCUGUGUAUUCAGGCUUCACCUCACAGGACCCUUUAUCUAUUCACUCCACUUCCAUUGCCCUAUCUAGCCAAUGGGCUUUGAUUAUGUGUGCGCUUGAGUGAGCUUGCUAUCAUUACUUCCAUCUCAUCUCAGCCUGGUUGAGCUGUGUUUUGUAUUUCUGAGAGUGAAGCUUCCCCUGAGGGAGAUCAGCGCCCAUUUCAUUCUCAUGUCCGUCAGCUCAGCCUGCAGGGUGGAUUUUUAGUCAAGAGAUGCCCCUACUAGGGUUGCAAAAUUCCAGGAACUUUCAAUAAAUUCCCUGGUUUUCCAGAAAUCCUAGUUAGAGUAUCUGGGUUUCCUGCUUAUUCCCUCCUUAUUCCGGGAAUCUUCCAACCAGGAUUUUGGGAAAACCAGGGAAUUUAUUGAAUGUUCGAGAAAUUUUGCAACCGUAGACCCUACUCCCAUCAACUAGCAAUUUAAUCAAAGUGUCCACAUUAAUUUUGUAAAUGUGUCGAGCGGGAUGUAACUCAUAAAACUGAUAGAGUUGGGUUGUUGUACACAGAAACAUUGGCUUUGAGAAUUAUGCAUUUUCUGCCUUCGCCUCUGUAUUAUAUUUACCGGUUAUGAAGUCAUCUUCUGGGGAUUCCAUUGUGGUCAAGCGCAAACUUGAAAAUUAUCCCGUACGAAUUAACCUGUACGAAAAUGAAGUUCAUAAAUGUAUAUUGUCAAUUCACUUUUUUCAAACUAAAAGCUAAAUAUUGACUUGUAUUGUAUGUUUAUUUCACUUUAAAAUAGUAUAUUUAGGAAUUAUAUUACUUUUUGCUAUAAAAGUAGGUUUUCAGACAUAUGUCUAGUAUACUGUCAGAAAUUACACUUGAUGCUAACACUUCACCUCACUUUCAAAUAGUAUACUUAGGAAUUACAGUGGGGAAAAAAAGUAUUUAGUCAGCCACCAAUUGUGCAAGUUCUCCCACUUAAAAGAGAGGCCUGUAAUUUUCAUCAUAGGUACACGUCAACUAUGACAGACAAAUUGAGAAAUAAAAAUCCAGAAAAUCACAUUGUAGGAUUUGUAAUGAAUUUAUUUGCAAAUUAUGGUGGAAAAUAAGUAUUUGGUCACCUACAAACAAGCAAGAUUUCUGGCUCUCACAGACCUGUAACUUCUUUUUUAAGAGGCUCCUCUGUCCUCCACUCGUUGCCUGUAUUAAUGGCACCUGUUUGAACUUGUUAUCAGUAUAAAAGACACCUGUCCACAACCUCAAACAGUCACACUCCAAACUCCACUAUGGCCAAGACCAAAGAGCUGUCAAUGGACACCAGAAACAAAAUUGUAGACCUCCACCAGGCUGGGAAGACUGAAUCUGCAAUAGGUAAGCAGCUUGGUUUGAAGAAAUCAACUGUGGGAGCAAUUAUUAGGAAAUGGAAGACAUUCCUCUGUAGCUCAGCUGGUAGAGCAUGGCGCUUGUAACGCCAAGGUAGUGGGUUCGAUCCCCGGGACCACCCAUACACAAAAAUGUAUGCACGCAUGACUGUAAGUCGCUUUGGAUAAAAGCGUCUGCUAAAUGGCAUAUUAUUAUUAUUAUUAUUAUUACAAGACCACUGAUAAUCUCCCUCGAUCUGGGGCUCCACGCAAGAUCUCACCCCGUGGGGUCAAAAUGAUCACAAGAACGGUGAGCAAAAAUCCCAGAACCACACGGGGGGACCUAGUGAAUGACCUGCAGAGAGCUGGGACCAAAGUAACAAAGCCUACCAUCAGUAACACACUACGCCGCCAGGGACUCAAAUCCUGCAGUGCCAGACGUGUCCCCCUGCUUAAGCCAGUACAUGUCCAGGCCCGUCUGAAGUUUGCUAGAGUGCAUUUGGAUGAUCCAGAAGAGGAUUGGGAGAAUGUCAUAUGGUCAGAUGAAACCAAAAUAUAACUUUUUGGUAAAAACUCAACUCGUCGUGUUUGGAGGACAAAGAAUGCUGAGUUGCAUCCAAAGAACACCAUACCUACUGUGAAGCAUGGGGGUGGAAACAUCAUGCUUUGGGGAUGUUUUUAUGCAAAGGGAACAGGACGACUGAUCCGUGUAAAGGAAAGAAUGAAUGGGGCCAUGUAUCGUGAGAUUUUGAGUGAAAACCUCCUUCCAUCAGCAAGGGCAUUGAAGAUUAAAUGUGUCUGGGUCUUUCAGUAUGACAAUGAUCCCAAACACACCGCCCUGGCAACGAAGGAGUGGCUUCAUAAGAAGCAUUUCAAGGUCCUGGAGUGGCCUAGCCAGUCUCCAGAUCUCAACCCCAUAGAAAAUCUUUGGAGGGAGUUGAAAGUCUGUGUUGCACAGCGACAGCCCCAAAACAUCACUGCUCUAGAGGAGAUCGGCAUGGAGGAAUGGGCCAAAAUACCAGCAACAGUGUGUGAAAACCUUGUGAAGACUUACAGAAAACGUUUGACCUGUGUCAUUGCCAACAAAGGGUAUAUAACAAAGUAUUGAGAAACUUUUGUUAUUGACCAAAUACUUAUUUUCCACCAUAAUUUGCAAAUAAAUUCAUAAAAAAUCCUACAAUGUGAUUUUCUGGAUUUUCUUUCCUCAUUUUGUCUGUCAUAGUUGACGUGUACCUAUGAUGAAAAUUACAGGCCUCUCUCAUCUUUUUAAGUGGGAGAACUUGCACAAUUGGUGGCUGACUAAAUACUUUUUUUCCCCACUGUAUAUUUAUUUUCACUAUAAAAAAUGUGUUUUCAGACAUAUUUCUAGUACUAGUACUCAAAAUAUUAAGUUGGUACUAGUUUCUAGUAAGUUGGGGCCUUGUAUUAUGCAAACUGGGAAAUAUGUGGAAUUCUGGGAAAACAUGCUCCUGCAAGAUAAUCGCUAAAUUGUCAAAUGAUUCAGUGGUGGACUUAACAUCUAAGUGUGUGACGCAUGAAGCUAAACAGAACUUGUAUUUUUAUGUUGGAUGUAAUUUAGGCUAGUUUACAGGUUAGCAUUAUAAGGAAUAGAAGUGUAAAAGUACUGCUAGAUUCAUUAUUAAUUGUUCUUCAUGCUCUACAGGGGAACUCAGGGUUGGGCUUCAGCAUAGCUGGAGGGACAGAUAACCCCCAUAUCGGCGAUGACCCAGGGAUCUUCAUCACCAAGAUCAUCCCUGGUGGUGCGGCAGCAGAGGAUGGCAGGUUAAGGUGAGUGCAAUAGAUCUAGCCCUUUACAAAUGAAAACUUCACUGAAGACAUUGAGAUGGCAAAAUGCUCUGGUAUAAAUGCUGUCAGAAUGGAUGGCUCGAGUACUCUCAUCCAUCAUUGGAUCUAAGUAUAUUUGUGCCAUGUUUUGAAGUCUUUAUCCUGUAAUGGAAAAGCUGAAAGGGUUGUUUUCAGAUUUUUCCCAAAAUGUUAUCUUACUUCGAGAGCUGUUCUUUGAGAUCUCCGUUCGCAUUGUCUUUGUUCAUCAUGUUAGUAUUUUGGGCUAACGUUAACUCUCCAUGGGAUUGCAUUAAUUCCCGAAACUAUCCCUAAACACCCCUAUAUAAAUGUGUGGUACUACAGCAGACUACAGGUAACUGCCAAAAUAAAGUAAACAAGUCAGUAAAUGAGGGAUACAAAGUAUAUUGAAAGCAGGUGCUUCCACACGUGUGGUUCCUGAGUUAAUUAAGCAAUAUAGUCUAAAUUACAUCCAACAUAAAAAUACAAUUUAUGUUUAGCUUCGUGCUUCACACACUUAGAUGUUAAGUCCACCACUGACUCUACUUUUAAAAUAAUUUUACAAUUUAGCGAUGAUCUUGCAGGAGCAUGUUUUCCCAGAAUUCCACAUACUUUCUACUUUGCAUAAUAUAAUGAAUAAUUUUUUUUCAAAGAUGUGCACAGAGAUUAGUGGGAAAGGCCUACUCUCUCAAAGACACACGAUGGGUUUUGGCAUUGUUUAAGUAUUAUAGUCAGGCACACUCCUCUUGUGGUUAUUUAUUAACUUCACAGUCUGGGGGAUUGUAGCAUAACAUUACCUAUUCUAAGCACAUUCUUGCUCUUAUGUUUUAGCUGAAUGUAAAUAGGAAAUACUCAAAGGUUUUGCUCUGGGAGCACUCCACAUAACAUAGGACUUUUGGGAUGCUUAGAGCACCACAUAGUUAGUAAGAUAACAGGGUAAAUUAAAGGGGAAGUUCGGGAUUUUACAACUUGAUGUUAGAUGGUUCCUCAACCUGAAAGUAGGUUUGGGUUUCUUUAAACAACCACUUUUCAGCUAGCUUCUGCAUCUGCAUUGCUUGCUCUUUGGGGGUUUAGGCUGGGUAUCUGUAAAGCACUUUGUGACAACUGCUGAUGUAAAAAGGGCUUUAUAAAAUAAAUAAGAUUGAUUGAGUGACUUUAGCCACAUCUAGCUAACAAUCAAUGGAAAUGGUAGGCGCAAUCGUUCUCUUUGUUUUAUGGGCAAAUCACCUUUUAAGUAACAUCAAAACACAUAUGGAGUUGAUUUGGCCAUGAAAGUGACAAUUAUAUUUUAAGUUCAGCAUAAAAUCCCUUUUUAUGGUGCAAACUUUUUGCGAUGGUGUGCGCUAAUGAAUACACCCCAGCUGUAUAAUAAUCAGACAUACACAGCAAAAUCAGAAGUGUUAAACUAACUCAUUGUAGUGUUCAUUUUAAUACUUUUAUGUUGUGUACAGUUGAAGUCGGAAGUUAGCCAAAUACAUUUAAACUCAGUUUUUCACAAUUCCUGACAUUUAAUCCUAGUAAAAAUUCUCUGUUAGGAUCACCACUUUAUUUUAAGAAUGUGAAAUGUCAGAAUAAUAGAAUAAUAGUAGAGAGAAUGAUUUAUUUCAGCUUUUAUUUCUUCCCAUUGGGUCAGAAGUUUACAUACACUCAGUUAGUAUUUGGUAGCAUUGCCUUUAAAUUGUUUAACUUGGGUCAAACAUUUCGGGUAGCCUUCCACAAGCUUCCCACAAUAAGUUGAGUGAAUUUUGGCCCAUUCCUCCUGACAGAGCUGGUGUAACUGAGUCAGGUUUGUAGGCCUCCUUGCUCGCACACGCUUUUUCAGUUCUGCCCACAAAUGUUCUAUAGGAUUGAGGUCAGGGCUUUGUGAUGGCCACUCCAAUACCUUGACUUUGUUGUCCUUAAGCCAUUUUGCCACAACUUGGGGUCAUUGUCCAUUUGGAAGACCCAUUUGCGACCAAGCUUUAACUUCCUGACUGAUGUCUUGAGAUGUUGCUUCACUAUAUCCACAUAAUUUCCCUUCCUCUUGAUAUCAUCUAUUUUGUGAAGUGCACUUCUGCAGCAAAGCACCCCCACAGCAUGAUGCUGCCACCCCCGUGCUUCACGGUUGGGAUGGUGUUCUUCGGCUUGCAAGCCACCCCCUUUUUCCGCCAAACAUAACGAUGGUCAUUAUGGCCAAACAGUUCUUUUUUUGUUUCAUCAGACCAGAGGACAUUUCUCCAAAAAGUAAGAUAUUUGUCCCCAUGUGCAGUUGCAAACCGUAGUCUGGCUUUUUUAUGGCGUUUUUGGAGCAGUGGCUUCUUCCUUGCUGAGCGGCCUUUCAGGUUAUGUCGAUAUAGGACUUGUUGUACUGUGGUUAUAGAUACUUUUGUACCUGUUUCCUCCAGCAUCUUCACAAGUUCCUUUGCUGUUGUUCUGGGAUUGAUUUGCACUUUUCGCACCAAAGUACGUUCAUCUCUAGGAGACAGAACACGUUUCCUUCCUGAGCGGUAUGAUGGCUGCGUAGUCCCAUGGUGUUUAUACUUGCGUACUAUUGUUUGUACAGAUGAACGUGGAACCUUUUGGCGUUUGGAAAUUGCUCCCAAGGAUGAACCAGACUUGUGGAGGUCUACAAUUUUUUUUCUGAGGUCUUGGCUGAUUUCUUUUGAUUUUCCUAUGAUGUCAAGCAAAGAGGCACUGAGUUUGAAGGUAGGCCUUGAAAUACAUCCACAGGUACACCUGAAAUUGACUCAAAUGAUGUCAAUUAGCCUAUCAGAAGCUUCUAAAAUUUUCUGGAAUUUUCCAAGCUGUUUAAAGGCACAGUCAACUUAGUUUUUGUAAACUUCUGACCCACUGGAAUUGUGAUACAGUGAAUGAUAUGUGAAAUAAUCUGUCUGUAAACAAUUGUUGGAAAAAUUAAUUGUGUCAUGCACAAAGUAGAUGUCCUAACCGACUUGCCAAAACUAUAGUUUGUUAACAAGAAAUUUGUGGAGUGGUUGAAAAAACGAGUUUUAAUGACUCCAACCUAAGUGUAUGUAAACUUCCGACUUCAACUGUAUAUCAGAGUAUGUGAGCGGAGCUGGAGCGGAGCGAGGAGCGGAAGUGCACAAUUUGACUGGAGCGUGGAGCGAGAUUCCCAAAGGCUGGAGUGUCGGCCUUCUCGCCCGCUCCAAAUUCGCUCCAGUAGCGCUCACUUCAGGAGCUCAGGGCAUGAACGGCCCAGCAUGCAUUUGUAGUCUACUUGUGUACUGAUAAUAGCCCCUUGCUUUAGCUACUGUCAUGGAGUUCGCAAAAUAUUUUCAUAAAGAAACUGAUAAAACACACAGGUGCUAAAUCAAGGUGACUUACAAAGAUGAGGACCAAGAGCAAGAGAGGGAGUGCGGUGAUGUAGUGUCCACUGUUAUGUGUAAGGCGUGGAUGCCACCUGCUGGCAUGGUGUUAAACUGUUAGGUUAUAGACCGGAUAACAUUGUUCUACGCGCGGGAUAUGGCAGUUGUUACAAGCUGGCUACAUGAAAAAUAUACAACUAAAGAAUCGUUGUGGAAUCUGAAAAGACACUUAUCCCAAAGGUAUGGUGGUGUACUUACUACGUGCACAUGCUAAAAGAAAGGAACGUUGUGGGUAGAUAGCUAAGUGUGUCAUCGUAGCAUUAUUUAUAAAGAAAAAAUCUGAUCUCCUUCGUUCAUGUUCGUUCUAUUAUCUAUACAAUAGGUCAUCAUUGGCAUUUUCCCACGUUCAAGGAGCUUUCCUUUUGAUUGGGUUAUUUUGCCUAAAAACCUUUAGGCCUACCUAGAUAUAUAUACAGUGGGGAGAACAAGUAUUUGAUACACCGCCGAUUUUGCAGGUUUUCCUACUUACAAAGCAUGUAGAGGUCUGUAAUUUUUAUCAUAGGUACACUUCAACUGCGAGAGACGGAAUCUAAAACAAAAAUCCAGAAAAUCACAUUGUAUGAUUUUUAAGUAAUUAAUUUGCAUUUUAUUGCAUGACAUAAGUAUUUGAUACAUCAGAAAAGCAGAACUUAAUAUUUGGUACAGAAACCUUUGUUUGCAAUUACAGAGAUCAUACGUUUCCUGUAGGUCUUGACCAGGUUUGCACACACUGCAGCAGGGAUUUUGGCCCACUCCUCCAUACAGACCUUCUCCAGAUCCUUCAGGUUUCGGGGCUGUUGCUGGGCAAUACGGACUUUCAGCUCCCUCCAAAGAUUUUCUAUUGGGUUCAGGUCUGGAGACUGGCUAGGCCACUCCAGGACCUUGAGAUGCUUCUUACGGAGCCACUCCUUAGUUGCCCUGGCUGUGUGUUUCGGGUCGUUGUCAUGCUGGAAGACCCAGCCACGACCCAUCUUCAAUGCUCUUACUGAGGGAAGGCCAGUAGAUCUCGCGAUGCAUUGCCCCAUCCAUCCUCCCCUCAAUACGGUGCAGUCGUCCUGUCCCCUUUGCAGAAAAGCAUCCCCAAAGAAUGAUGUUUCCACCUCCAUGCUUCACGGUUGGGAUGGUGUUCUUGGGGUUGUACUCAUCCUUCUUCUUCCUCCAAACACGGCGAGUGGAGUUUAGACCAAAAAGCUCUAUUUUUGUCUCAUCAGACCACAUGACCUUCUCCCAUUCCUCCUCUGGAUCAUCCAGAUGGUCAUUGGCAAACUUCAGACGGGCCUGGACAUGCGCUGGCUUGAGCAGGGGGACCUUGCGUGCGCUGCAGGAUUUUAAUCCAUGACGGCGUAGUGUGUUACUAAUGGUUUUCUUUGAGACUGUGGUCCCAGCUCUCUUCAGGUCAUUGACCAGGUCCUGCCGUGUAGUUCUGGGCUGAUCUAUCACCUUCCUCAUGAUCAUUGAUGCCCCACGAGGUGAGAUCUUGCAUGGCGCCCCAGACCGAGGGUGAUUGACCGUCAUCUUGAACUUCUUCCAUUUUCUAAUAAUUGCGCCAACAGUUGUUGCCUUCUCACCAAGCUGCUUGCCUAUUGUCCUGUAGCCCAUCCCAGCCUUGUGCAGGUCUACAAUUUUAUCCCUGAUGUCCUUACACAGCUCUCUGGUCUUGGCCAUUGUGGAGUGGUUGGAGUCUGUUUGAUUGAGUGUGUGGACAGGUGUCUUUUAUACAGGUAACGAGUUCAAACAGGUGCAGUUAAUACAGGUAAUGAGUGGAGAACAGGAGGGCUUCUUAAAGAAAAACUAACAGGUCUGUGAGAGCCGGAAUUCUUACUGGUUGGUAGGUGAUCAAAUACUUAUGUCAUGCAAAUUAAUUACUUAAAAAUCAUACAAUGUGAUUUUCUGGAUUUUUGUUUUAUAUUCUGUCUCUCACAGUUGAAGUGUACCUAUGAUAAAAAUUACAGACCUCUACAUGCUUUGUAAGUAGGAAAACCUGCAAAAUCGGCAGUGUAUCAAAUACUUGUUCUCCCCACUGUAUAUACAACAUUUAAAAACUCUGAAUCUCUGCCCAGCCUGGCAAGAGUUGGCAAAAGGGUGUUUAGCAUCCCCAGUGGCUCUGCAAGUGUGGAGAGGAUAUUCUCCGCUGCUGGCCGGCUCUCCAGGCCAUCGCAUGAGCCUGAAGCCACAGACUGGCCAAACUUGUGUUUCUAAAAAUGAAUUCAAAGGCACUAAUAAGUCAUUUUUAGUUUAAUUUGUAUUUAAUUACUAUAUGCACAAUUUAUAGACUAUAAUGAUUUAAUACAAUGAAAUGUUGUUUAAAUGCUGAGCCCUUUAUGUCCCUACCAGCCUAUUGUGUCGCACUCGCAAAUGUUUCACAAUGUAUUUCUUUGUAGGCUAUAGCCUUGAAAUAAUAUAGCCUAAAUAAUUCAUUUUCGUUCCUUCUUAGGCUUCCUGUCUGGCUCUUGACCUUUUUAGAGUGUUUAUAUGCUGUUUAAUAUGACAUGUAGCCAAUUUGAAAUGAUGUUUGCUUCUUUCAUUCACCUUUUCAUGUUUAUUCAAAUACUUUUCAUUCAAAUCCAUAUGGUUUGGUUUCAAUACUUUAAAACCAAUUGGUAGGUCCAUGUAGUCACAAAAAUAGAUGGGUGUUGGUUAAAUUGGGAUUUUAAUGAAUGGAGCGAAUUUGGAGCGGGGGUUAUUUUCCUGUGAGGGUGGAGCGGUUUUUAGCAGAGUGGUAGGAAAGGACAUGGAGCGCCGGAGCGGUCAGUAAGCACCGCUCCAUGAGCGUUGAGCGGGAUUUCCAGCUUCUCAACUCCACUCAUAUACUCUGGUGUAUAUGCAUCCACUCUCAACAGAAUGAAUUAAACAUUUUCAAAAGUGUGAACUAAUAGGCAUUUUACCAUACACUGGAGUGAACUAAUAGGCAGUUCACUUUACACUGGCGUGAACUAAUUAGUAUUUCACUCUACAGUGGAGUGAAAUAUAAUGAAAUGGUGUAUGGUGUAAAGCCUAAUUUGCAUAUUUCCCAGGGUGCCUUUUCUUUUUGAGUGAAUUGAAGAGUUACCACUAUGUAUUUUUUGGUGACCCAGACAUGGUUGUUGAAUUAUUAUCAUUAAUAUCAUUCAAAUUAAACUAUGACAAUAUACAUUACACAUAUCAUAAGGGCUUACUUUGAUGGCCUAGUUUCAUCCUAACUCAGUGGUGUUAGGAAACUAAUUACCACAUCAGGCCUGCAAGUCACAUUAUGAUGGAUUGCAAAGUGGUGUGUAAUUCCUAUUGGAAUCCAGACAGAGUUAGGAUAUCCAACAGUUGUAAUUUUUAUUCACCUGUAACCCAUAUUCAUAAUGACUGUCAGGAUAAUGGAAAUUGGUAAAGGAGACUACCUAAACCAUUUAAACUGGAACAACCAUUUCAGUAACUGAUUGGAUUAGUUUAGAAAAAUAUGUUAUUUAUCUUUGUAACAUAAGAUUAAUCAAUCAAUCAAUGAACAUGCAAAAACACAGACAUGAAAAACAAUCCCAAAACAUCUACCUGCAGUAGAGCAUGCUGGAAAAUAUGAUUAUGAUGGGUGUGGUUUUGAUGGAACUGUUUUACUCUCCACAGUGUAAAACAAUAACUCUGGUUAUUAACACCAACAAUUGGGGUUAUUUUACACCACUGAGUGUUAAUACAGAGUGAAUUUAACUCCUGAAUCAACACUAGAAAUGUAACACUGAAAAAUCAACACUGGCCAAUUUGCAGUGUACAUUCAACUUUGUGCGUUGUACUGUAAAUGCAUAUAGUGUACAGCAAAUUAACAGAACUCACUGCAGACCAAGGCAUCAUGCUGAGGACAAGCAUAAAAACACAGCUUUUAUAUGUGUAAAUAGGCAGUAUCUCUCGCUCUGCUUGGGUGUGUGUGGUGUGUGUGUGUGUGUGUGUGUGUGUGUGUGUGUGUGUGGUCUGUGUGUGUGCAUAGGGUCCCAGCUGGUCCCUUAAAAUGCGCCUCAGGAGAGUUCUGUUCUUGAACGUGGGGGCAUGGAUGUUUGUGGCCUCUCCUGAAGGGGUUAAAGGGUCACACUGCAGCAGGGGCCUUCUACUCCCCCUGCCACGCACACGUACAUGCACACACAAAUACUAUUUUUCCAGGUUAAGGCUCAUAUUCCCAUCCUCUUUUUUCAUUGCAGAGUGAAUGACUGCAUCCUGCGGGUGAAUGAUGCCGACGUGUCCGAGGUGUCCCACAGUAAGGCUGUGGAGGCGCUGAAGGUGGCCGGCUCCAUCGUCAGGCUCUACGUUCGCCGGAGGAGACCCAUGCUGGAAACUGUCAUUGAGAUCAAACUCAUCAAAGGACCAAAAGGUUGUUACACUCCAUCUUAUCUAUCUAUCUAUCUAUCUAUCUAUCUAUCUAUCUAUCUAUCUAUCUAUCUAUCUAUCUAUCUAUCUAUCUAUCUAUCUAUCUAUCUAUCUAUCUAUCUAUCUAUCUAUCUAUCUAUCUAUCUAUCUAUCUAUCUAUCUAUCUAUCUAUCUAUCUAUCUAUCUAUCUAUCUAUCUAUCUAUCUAUCUAUCUAUCUAUCUAUCUAUCUAUCUAUCUAUCUAUCUAUCUAUCUAUCUAUCUAAUAUUUUGGGGAUUCAACUCUCAGUUAAAAUGUGAAAAGUUAUUACGUUACUCUCUCUCGCUCUCUCUCGCUCUCUCUCGCUCUCUCUCGCUCUCUCUCGCUCUCUCUCUCGCUCCCAUCAUUACUUUCUUAAUAAAUCCCUCUGUCUGUAUCUACAACUCACUUCCUUUCUCCUUGUCUUCAUUUUUUUUCUCUUUCGCUCAGCAAGCAUCAGUGAUUUUUAAGGGUAAACCAGAUAACCAUGCACAUCCAGUAUGUUUUGUUCAGUAUUUUAUCAUUUGGGGUUUGUACCACCCACCUCAAAUAAAUAACUUUGAUGCAUUAUUUAUAUCAGAGAGAUGAGUCAUCACUGGGGAAGAGCUGCAAUGAGUCCAUGGGUGUAUUCAUUAGGGCACACCGUGGCAAAACCUUUUCCAACAACAUUUUGGGAAUUUUAAGUUGACGUUAGUCCCGCCCCAUUUCAAAUCAAAUCAAAUCCAACUUUAUUUGUCAAAUGCGCCGAAUACAAUAGGUGUAGACCUUACCGUGAAAUGCUUACUUACAAGUUAAGAAAAUAUUUACCAAAUAAACUAAAGUUAAAAAUUAUAAAAAGUAACACAACAAAAUAACAAUAACGACGCUCUAUACAGGGGGUACCGGUACCGAGUCAAUGUGCGGGGUACAGGUUAGUAGAGGUAAUUUGUACAUGUAGGUAGGGGUAAAGUGACUAUGCAUAGAUAAUAGACAGCGGGUAGCAGCAGUCUAAAAACAAAUGGGGUGGGGUUUAGGCACAUUUGGUUCCUAGUGAAUACACCAGAUUGGGAGAUGGAUGAGGGAGGAGAGGAAAUUUGGAAAGCGACAUUGUGUGGUCUAUAAUUGAUGGUGCUAUUUUCUUACCCUGACUGUAAGCGUCCUGUGUGUUUUUCUCGCGUCAGUUGGCCAGAGUUGAAACAAACCCACUGUAAUCAAUGAAACAUGCUAUACUGGCUGCAGAAGCAGCACAUCCAUGAAGCAGCAAAAACAGGCUCGCUUUGCUGAACCAUCUUUCUACGCUUCAAGUCUAUUUUCAAGUGCUUUAGGUGUCUGUGAAGUGUACUGAUAUACACUAACUGGACAGUUUAUUAGGUACACCCAUCUAGUACCGGGUCAGACCCCCCUUUGCCUCCAGAACAGCCUGAAUUCUACAAGGUGUCGGAUACAUUACACAUGGAUGUUGGUCCAUGCUGAAGUCUGGGACUGCGCAGGCCACUCAAGUAAACUGAACUCGCAGUCAUGUUCCAGGCGAUGUUUUUCCACUCCUCAAUUGUCCAGUGUUGGUGAUCGCGUACCCACUGGAGCCACUUCUUCUUGUUUUAACUGAUGGGGGUGGAACCUGGUGUGGUCGUCUGCUGCAAUAGCCCUUCUGUGACAAGGAUCGACGAGUUGUGCGUUCGGAGAUGCCGUUCUGAGAUGCCGUUUGUAGUCCGAUUGUUAGCUUGCACGAUUCUUGCCAUUCUCCUUCGACCUCAUCAACAAGCUGUUUUCACCUACAUGACUGCCGUUGACUGGAUGUUUUUGUUUGUUGCACCAUUCUCGGUAAACACUAGACACUGUCGUCGUGAAAAGGCCAGGGGGAUGGCAGUUUCUGAGAUACUGGAUCUGGUGCGCCUGGUACUGAUGAUCAUACCACGCUCAAAGUUGUUAAGGUCUCUCGUUUUGCCCAUUCUAACGUUCAAUUGAACAGUAACUGAAUGCCUCGAUGCCUGUCUGCCUUCUUUAUAUAACAAGCCACAGCCAUGUGACUCACUUUCUGUAGGAGCAAUCCAUUUUCGUGAAUGGGGUGGUGUACCUAAUAAACUGUUACUGAGUGUAGGUCGCUAGUGCUUGUGAUCCAGAGGCAGCAGCCUAGACCGCUAGACCACCCUAGGCCACAAAACUUUUUUUUUUAACCUCCACCCCACAUCUAUUUCUCAUCAGGGCUGGGCUUCAGCAUCGCAGGAGGGGUGGGCAACCAGCACAUCCCGGGGGACAACAGCAUCUAUGUCACUAAGAUCAUAGAUGGCGGGGCAGCACAGAAGGACCAGCGCUUGCAGAUUGCAGACAGGCUGCUUAUGGUAAGUUAUUGCAGCUUCACUACCCCUGCCCUGCCCUGUCCUCAUCCCCCAUAGGUGGACCAUACUGUACUGUCAAAGCAUUAUACUGCGUAACAACCUUCAUAACACAUUUAUUCAACAUCAUUCAUAAGGAGUUUUGUAAAUAAAAUAGAGCUUUAUUUAUCCAUUGUACAACGAAAUAGUGAAUAGUGUGUAAGAAGGUUGGGAACUGUGACAGUAAAAUAUACAUUUCAUUUAAUUGAUAAAUGAAGAUCUAUUCAAUGGGACUUUUAUUUUGAAAACUCCUUAUGAAGGAUGUUGAAUACAUGCGUUAUGAAGAUUGUUAUACGGUAUAAUUAUUUUACAGUAACACACUAAUUUACUAUAUAAACAGAGACCCAUAUAUUCCCCAUUGUGUGUAUAAAUGUGUAAAUGUUUAUUUGUUAAAGGGCCCUGUUUUCAGUAAUGGAAUGUGUGAAGAAUGUGUGUGUUGAUUAAGGAUUGGCUGAUUUGAGUUGAUUGCAUUCAGGUGUACUAAGGUGAGUGGUAGUGUUAAAGCCGAUUUAUGCUCAUUCCGGCAUAAAUUAGCCUGAUUAGCCUGAUUUUAACCUGUCAUUGUAUUUAUCUAUUUAUUCAAAUAAAUUCUACAUUUUAGUAAAACUGUUCCUGUCUUCAUGAAACCUUUUUGAUGUGCACGAGGUAACGGACAACUUCGUCACAACUACAGAAAUCUGUUAUAGUGUAUAAACUCCCGUUGUAGCAACACAGCCUAUUUCAGAAGAGUGAGUCGCUUAACCACAGUUUAAUUCAACUAGCUGCCUUCCUGCUGCUUCCAGCUCUGGGGGAUCCCAGGCUAUCAUAAUCUGCAUUUGGCAGGCUCCAUGUCUGUCUGGCAUGAAAGGAGUGGAACGUAAGGUUUAAAGAGCGACUGCCCCUAAAAAGCAACUUCUCGUUUUGAGAAUGGUUUAUGUGGCAUCGCUAUGAGUCACAAAAAUUAUUGACUACAAGGUUUGACUACAAUGUACAUAGGACAAUAUUUUAAAAGGUCAAUAGGUCCACAUUUCAAUGACUUAAAAACCUCAAACCAACUAUAAAUUGUGGAAAUGAAUUUACAAAUAUUCAAAGCCUUUAAUGAGAUAACUAUCCCCUGAGAUCGGCUAUCCAAAGUGAAACCAACUUUGCCAGUGUCGCACACCAGCCGGAUGAAGCUAAUUGGCAAAAUAAUUUAGCUAACUCUUCCCACCUGCGAACAGACACAAGAGACUCCCACAUCAAACCACACCCCGAAACCAACUCAUGUUUGAAUUCAGUCAUAGCUGCUAGCAUUUCUUAAUGAACCGAAUCUAAAACGAGGCCAAAUCAGGAAGUGCAGUCGCCCUUUAACUCUCUUAUGAGAUUUUCUCCAUGCUCUCUCCACCCCCACAGGUGAACAACUACACUCUGGAAGAGGUCUCCCACGAGGAGGCAGUAGCCAUACUGAAGAACACGUCUGACGUUGUCUACCUGAAGGUGGGCAAGCCCACCAAUGUUUACUUAUCAGAUCCCUAUGGGCCACCUGAUAUCAUGCACUGUGAGUUUGUCACCUCUUUUUCACCCCUCUACCCACCUGUUUGGCCAGUUUCCCAGACACAGAUUAAGCUUAGUCCUGGACUAAAAAGCAUGCUCAAUGGAGGUUCUCCAAUUAAAGUGCUUCUUAGGCCAGCACUAGGCUUAGUCUGUUCUGGGAAACCACCUUAUAGAGAUGCAACUUUGGUUUGUAGUCCGAGUAGUGUACAAGAGGGCAGUAUUUGAGUUUCAAAUUAUGUGAGCAACCUCUGCUGUUGUAGACCAGGACAGUCUUCUUUCACUUCGCAAAUUAAUGUGUUUAGUUUCACACUGAUGCGGUAUGCUUGUUCAUCUCUUGAGCAUUAUCCCUGAGUUUAGAUACAGAGUCUUCACAAGAAUGUUAUGAGAGUUGGGAUUGUUUUAGAGUGCAUUGUGUUUGCAAUGUAUUAUUUAUUUGAACUUUCUCCCUUGCCAUGUAAACUUAAAUGCCAGAACAUUACAGUGUGUGGGCCUCCAAACUAAAUUAGAUGUAUUUUAUUGAUUGAUUGAUAUGGAAAGUCAUUAACUGACAGUAUGAGGUUAGUAAUGUCAGAAAGCUGAAGUCUGACGAGCUGUGUACACCCUUGUUGUUUCUUUCAAGCGUUCUCUCCAGCAAUGGAAAAUCAUAUAUCUUCCGUGGGCAACAACGGCACUCUGGAAUACAAGUGCAGUCUUCCCCCCAUGCCCAUCUCCCCCGGAAGGUACUCCCCCCUCCCAAACCAACUUCUCGGUGAAGAGGACAUAAACAGGUUGGAUGGUUUUUCCUUCUUA